AUGUUAUCUUCAUUAUUCGUAGCCGUCGGGCUCUGCAUCGGUGGACUUUCUGCUAAAUCCAUAGAUUACAAUACUCAUGCCACCCGGGCUACUCAUCAUGAUCACGAAUUGAGAGUUCUUGUCUCCAGAGCCCUCGCUGCAAACGUCUCUUCCGCCCCAAUUUGCACACCUGCGCCGCCACCACCUACUGGUGACCCUAAACUCGAGCCCCAACUGACCCUUGUCCCAGGGAUUCGUUCAGCUGAUUGCAUUUCCGCUCUCUCAGGUUUUCUCAAGAAGAAAAACGGAAAUUGGAUUGUACAAAUCAAUCCAACUAAUGUCAAGUCGUGCGGUUCUUGCAAGGUCAGACUGAACACAACUGACAGCGGACCGCUUUGGAUUCCUCUUCCCAUCGUUCAAUACGGCAUGGGUGACAACUUGGAUGGUGGUUUAGCCAAGCUUCUCACUACAUGCCCCGCCCAUGCUGGAACCAUUGUGAUAGCUGGUGGAUCUGCAACCGGAGGAGGCAUCGUCGUAACCGUCAGUAAAGGCAGCGGUAAAUCCAACUGUGGGCCAUUAGGACCUCCCCACGAUGAUGAAUUGCCUAUGGGUCCUGGUCCCAAAACCACCGAUCCCUCUGCUACAAAGCCUCCCUCUACCGCAGCAGCUCCUAAAACUUCUGCAACCAACUCAACCGGCAAACCUUGA